GUUUAUGCACAGUUAAUUAGCAUAAACAUUAGCAUCAACGCCGCUGCCUCUCUGCUGCCUCACUGUGACGUCGUUUCCUCUCCAACAUGGCGCAGGAGGCAAGUCGUUGAUGGCCAUCGGACGGGAUUGAAGCCCACCUUUCGUGUUUAUGUGUGUUUGUCUCUUUUUUGUGUUUUCACUGGCUGAUCGAGGCUCAACGUUGAGGCGAGGGGAAGCCAUCGUUUUUGUGGGCAAGAGCCUCCCCUCCCCACCAUCACCUCUCCUCUCCUGAGACACACAUACCGCGCCCCGAAUUCCGGUGCGUCAUGUUUGAGGGCAAAAAGACGAAAAACAUGUUCCUCACAAGAGCUUUGGAGAAGAUUUUAGCCGACAAGGAGGUGAAGAAAGCCCACCACUCCCAGCUACGUAAAGCCUGUGAAGUGGCACUCGAGGAAAUCAAGGAGGAGUCAGAAAAAUUAAGUCCGCCCAGUAGUGAUGGAAAAUCAGGUUCUGGCACUUUGCCGCCAAUCAAAUCCAAGACCAAUUUCAUCGAAGCCGACAAGUACUUCUUGCCGUUCGAGUUGGCGUGUCAGUCCAAAUGUCCACGCAUCGUUAUCACAUCGCUCGACUGUUUACAGAAGCUGAUAGCGUACGGCCACCUGACAGGCAGUGCGCCAGAUAGUACAGCGCCGGGCAAAAAGCUCAUAGAUCGAAUCAUCGAGACCAUCUGCGCUUGCUUUCAAGGCCCGCAGACGGAUGAGGGAGUGCAGCUACAAAUCAUCAAAGCACUGCUCACGGCGGUGACGUCGCAGCACAUCGAGAUCCACGAAGGCACGGUGUUGCAAGCCGUGCGCACCUGCUACAACAUCUACCUAGCCAGCAAGAACCUCAUCAACCAGACCACAGCCAAAGCCACGCUCACGCAGAUGCUCAACGUCAUCUUCGCCCGCAUGGAGAACCAAGCACUUACAAAUCACAAGCUAUCUUGGUCUCUGGCCUCCAGAAAGCGUGACCGCCAGUUGCAGGAAGCAAAGCAGCUAGAACGAGAGCGGCACCGGCAGCACACGGAACCCGACUCGCCUCAAACCCACACCCCGCCCAAAGCUCCCACGCGGGAAUCCAACGGACCGGUCGCCACCCCGAGUGUCAUCUCUCCUUCAACGCCGUCGUCGCCUUCCGUACCGGCGUCGCAGGACGACGACGACGGUGGAAGCAGCAGUCGCUCUUCGCCAGGAGAACGCAGACCCGUUUACGAAAGCCCCGAUCCGGAAAACGGGUCUGAUUUCUGCGUGGUGGAGAAUGAGCAGACUGAAGCUGACCAGGCCACGGCGGCAGCGCAGAGUAAGAUUGUUGAAAGGAGGAGCAAAGGACCUUAUUUUUUUUUUCUGUGUUUAACAAAAUAUUUGUGUUUAGAUGCAGCUAGUGAGGAGGAGGAAGUUGCUCCAAAUUAUGAAGAGAAAGCCCAAGAGAUAGUACAGAACAUUCUGCAAGAGGUGGUCAACACUGUGGCAGGAGGUAACUGUUUAGACCCGGCCCAUCUCUGCGCCGAUGCCAAGGAUCCGAUGGCAGAGGGCGAGCCGGCGGAGGCGGAGCGACCCGUGGCGGUCCCGCAGGCCGCACGGACCCCGGCGGAAGACGAGAGCACGCCGGGGAGCGACGGCGAGCAUGUUCACGCCAACGGUAUCCCUGGCACGCCCAUUUCCGCCAGCUUCACGCCGUCGCUGCCUGAUGACAGACUGUCCCUCUCGUCCACCGACACUCAGGAAUCGGGGGCAACGCCAGGUCAACCGCCGGGCGCCAAAUUCUCGCACAUUCUCCAGAAAGACGCCUUCCUGGUUUUUCGCUCACUUUGUAAGCUGUCCAUGAAGCCUCUAUCGGACGGACCGCCGGAUCCCAAAUCACACGAGCUGCGGUCCAAGGUGCUCUCGCUGCAGCUGCUGCUGUCCAUCCUGCAGAACGCCGGUCCCAUCUUCAAGACCAACGAGAUGUUCAUCAACGCCAUCAAGCAGUACCUGUGCGUGGCGCUUUCCAAGAACGGAGUGUCGUCCGUGCCCGAGGUCUUCGAGCUGUCACUGUCCAUCUUCCUAACGCUGCUGUCGCACUUUAAGACGCACCUCAAGAUGCAAAUCGAGGUUUUCUUCAAGGAGAUUUUCCUCUACAUUCUGGAGACGUCCACGAGCUCCUUCGACCACAAAUGGAUGGUCAUCCAAACACUCACCAGAAUAUGUGCAGACGCUCAGAGCGUAGUCGAUAUCUAUGUGAACUACGACUGCGACUUGAACGCCGCCAACAUCUUCGAGCGGCUAGUCAACGACCUCUCCAAAAUAGCGCAGGGACGCGGCGGCCACGAGCUGGGUACCACGCCCCCGCAGGAGCUGACCUUGCGAAAAAAAGGCCUGGAAUGUCUGGUGUCCAUCUUGAAAUGCAUGGUGGAGUGGAGCAAGGACCAGUAUGUCAACCCCAAUUCCCAAACUAGCCUUGGCCAAGAGAAGCCAUCUGAACAGGAUAGUGGCGAAACUCGGGCUCCAGAGACCAUUAACCGCUACGGCAGCAUCAACUCUCUGGACUCAACGGCCUCGUCGGGCAUCGGCAGCUACAGCACGCAGAUGUCGGGCACCGACAACCCCGAGCAGUUUGAAGUCCUCAAGCAGCAGAAGGAGAUCAUCGAGCAGGGCAUUGAUCUAUUCAAUAAGAAACCAAAGAGGGGGAUCCAGUACCUUCAAGAGCAAGGCAUGCUAGGUACGACUCCUGAAGACCUGGCUCAAUUUCUCCACCAAGAAGAGCGCCUUGAUUCGACCCAAGUGGGCGAAUUUCUCGGCGAUAAUGAGCGCUUCAACAAGGAAGUGAUGUACGCGUACGUUGAUCAAAUGGACUUCCAAGGCAAAGACUUUGUGUCGGCGCUGAGGAUGUUCCUGGAGGGUUUCCGACUACCCGGUGAGGCUCAAAAGAUUGACCGGCUCAUGGAGAAGUUCGCCGCCAGAUACCUGGAGUGCAAUCAAGGGCAAACCCUUUUCGCCAGCGCAGACACCGCCUACGUGCUCGCGUACUCGAUCAUUAUGCUAACGACUGACCUUCACAGUCCACAAGUGAAAAACAAAAUGACAAAGGAGCAGUACAUCAAAAUGAACCGCGGCAUCAACGACAGCAAAGACCUUCCCGAGGAGUACCUCUCUGCCAUCUAUGACGAGAUCGCUGGCAAGAAGAUCGCCAUGAAGGAGACUAAGGAGCUUACGAUGAAAUCCAGCAAGCAGAGUGUAGCCAGCGAGAAACAGCGGCGUUUGUUGUAUAACGUGGAGAUGGAGCAGAUGGCCAAGACUGCUAAAGCGUUGAUGGAGGCAGUCAGCCACGUGCAGGCGCCGUUCACCAGCGCUACCCACCUGGAGCACGUACGACCCAUGUUCAAGCUGGCAUGGACGCCGUUCCUAGCCGCUUUCAGUGUGGGUCUCCAGGACUGUGAUGAUACUGAGGUGGCGUCGCUCUGUUUAGAAGGGAUCCGCUGCGCCAUAAGGAUAGCAUGUAUCUUCUCCAUACAGCUGGAGCGGGAUGCCUACGUGCAAGCGCUAGCCAGAUUCACAUUGCUCACGGCCAGCUCAGGUAUUGCUGAAAUGAAGCAGAAGAACAUCGACACCAUCAAGACGCUCAUUACCGUUGCGCACACUGACGGGAACUACCUUGGCAACUCCUGGCACGAGAUCAUGAAGUGCAUCAGUCAACUCGAGCUAGCGCAGCUAAUCGGUACGGGUGUGAAAGCACGCUACAUCUCGGGAACGGUGCGUGGCAAGGAGGGCUUUGUGGCUAGCACGAAGGAACAAAGCAAUGAUGAGUACCUGGGAUUGGUCGGUGGCACAGUAGACCGCAAGCAAAUCGCUAGCAUCCAGGAGUCCAUCGGAGAAACCAGCUCGCAGAGUGUGGUAGUGGCUGUGGACAGGAUUUUCACGGGCUCAACAAGACUUGACGGCAAUGCAAUAGUGGAUUUUGUGCGCUGGCUGUGCGCCGUGUCCAUGGAUGAGCUGGCCUCGCCCACGCACCCGCGCAUGUUCAGCCUGCAGAAGAUCGUGGAGAUCUCCUAUUACAACAUGGGCCGCAUCCGGCUGCAGUGGUCCAGGAUUUGGGAAGUGAUCGGGGACCACUUCAACAAGGUGGGCUGCAACUCCAACGAAGACGUGGCCAUUUUUGCCGUGGACUCGCUCAGGCAGCUGUCCAUGAAGUUUUUGGAGAAGGGCGAGUUGGCCAACUUCAGAUUCCAGAAGGACUUCCUCAGGCCGUUUGAGCAUAUCAUGAAGAAAAACAGAUCGCCCACUAUCAGAGACAUGGUAGUCCGCUGCAUUGCCCAAAUGGUCAACUCCCAAGCAGCCAACAUCCGUUCAGGUUGGAAGAACAUCUUCUCUGUGUUCCAUCUAGCGGCGUCUGACCAGGACGAGAGCAUCGUGGAACUAGCCUUCCACACCACGGGGCACAUCGUCACGAAUGUAUUCGAGAAGCACUUUGCGGCCACCAUCGACUCCUUUCAGGAUGCCGUCAAGUGCCUUUCGGAGUUCGCUUGCAACGCUGCCUUUCCCGACACCAGCAUGGAAGCCAUUCGCCUCAUAAGACAUUGCGCCAAAUACGUCUCUGGAAGGCCACAGGCCUUCAAAGACUACACCAGCGACGACAUGAAUGUAGCGCCGGAGGACCGUGUGUGGGUACGAGGCUGGUUCCCCAUCCUCUUCGAGCUGUCCUGUAUCAUCAACAGGUGCAAGCUGGAUGUGCGGACCAGGGGGUUAACUGUUAUGUUCGAGGUGAUGAAGACAUACGGGCACACCUUCGAAAAGCACUGGUGGCAGGACCUGUUCAGAAUUGUCUUCAGGAUUUUUGACAACAUGAAGCUACCUGAGCAACAGACUGAGAAAGCGGAAUGGAUGACCACCACCUGCAACCACGCACUUUACGCCAUCUGUGACGUGUUCACGCAGUACUUCGAGUCCCUCAGCGACGUUCUGCUGGAUGACAUUUUAGCUCAGCUCUACUGGUGUGUCCAGCAAGACAACGAACAGCUGGCUCGCUCUGGCACAAACUGCUUGGAGAACGUCGUCAUUCUGAACGGCGAGAAAUUCUCCGCCGAGACGUGGGACAAAACGUGCAACUGCAUGCUUGACAUUUUUAAGACCACCAUCCCUCACGCGCUGUUGACAUGGAGACCAAUUGAAGGCGACUAUUUGGACAAGCAGGAUUCCAUUUCUCAGAAGUCUCUGGACGACCAGAGAUCUAUCAGCAGCUUGGAAAGUCGUCGUCAGAGCCAACAAAGCGUCGUCCUUGGUCAGAGUGAGGACACCGCUAGGGGCAGGAACUCCACAAGGGCGCAAGAGCAACGCUUGUUCAGCGCUUUGCUCAUCAAGUGUGUGGUGCAGCUGGAGCUCAUCCAGACCAUCGACAAUAUCGUAUUCUUCCCCGCAACGAGCAAGAAGGAAGAUGCCGAGAACUUUGCUGCAGCCCAGCGCGACAUAGCUAACGCGUCAGACGUUGCAGCAGAGCCGCCAGACCAGGGAAUGUUCCGUUACCUGACGUCACAGCAGCUUUUCAAAUUGCUGGACUGCUUAAUGGAAUCGCACCGUUUCGCCAAGGCUUUUAACUCUAACAACGAGCAAAGGACGCUGCUCUGGAAAGCGGGGUUUAAAGGCAAGUCCAAGCCUAACCUGUUGAAGCAGGAAACGGGCAGUCUGGCAUGCGGUCUGCGAAUCCUCUUCCGCAUGUACACUGACGAGACGAGGCGGGAUGCCUGGGAGGAGGUUCAGAGACGACUGCUAGACGUGUGCGGUGAGGCAGUGGCAUACUUCCUGGCGUUGACCUCGGAGAGCCACAGGGAAGCCUGGACCAACCUCCUUCUUCUAUUCCUAACUAAAGUUCUGAAGAUUAGCGACCAAAGGUUCAAGGCUCACGCAUCUCGCUACUACCCGUUACUCUGCGAGAUAAUGCAAUUAGACCUGAUCCCGGAGCUCCGCGCCGUCCUGAGGAAAUUCUACUUACGGAUCGGCCUCGUUUUCGGCAUCGCACCAGAGCAUCAACCACGACCGUCCCUCCAGGAGAACCCGGAGGAUGCUCAGUGACGCCACCUGCCUGCAGCCUCUGGCCCUUCAUCCAACGGCACGAAAAAAUAACAGUCUGGUUUGUAGCGAUUUCUUCCUGCGCCACUAUAUCUCUGAGCUGCUCAGAUGGAAUCUAUUUUAAAAAAAUAAAAAAAAUGUGCUUCUUACUGUAUAUUUAAUGUAACUGAAUGAUUGCAAAGACAUAUUCAAAAACCAUGACGAAAUGUGACCUCUCUGCGCACCCCCACAUGGCUAAUGUUCAUAUCCAAAUGUACAGAUGUAAUAAUCUGAUAACACUAGAUUUUGUUUAUUUUUUAUUAUUGUUAUUUGCCACUGCACUUGACCUCCAUUCGGAAUGCACUGGAGAUGUGACUUUUUACCCCUGAUUUGACUGUAACAUCUCACGGUUAAGUGAAGGCUUAAGUUAUUCCAUUUUAUACGUCGGUAUUGUUCGGUUUUUAACUGGAAGGAUUGAGAGCAACCUGAUGAUAGCUGCUUGAAGAAAGACUUAAUAUUAGUACGUUUUCAUGUUUUGUUUUUAGUUUUCACUCGCGUGUGUACAAUAAAUCAGAAAUAAUAUAUUUAAUUUUUUUUCCUUGGGUUUUGGGAGAAAAUAUGUAUAGAGAGAGCGAGAGAGGGUAAAUGAGCGAUGUUAGGUGUGCUUUAUGUGCGAAUGGGACUUAUUCCUGCUCAUGGAUGUAGAAAACAAAAUGUAUAUGAAGCAGCAAUGUAAAGUUUUCUAUGUUGCAAAAAAUAUGUACAACUUUGUGUACAAUACAUCCUCUGGCAUUCUAAUCAGGUUCUAGGUCAAUAAAGUUUUUUUGAACUUGG